GCAGCUCGCCUGUCUCUGUGCUGGUCUGAUGUUGGGACACGGAGGUGGAGAAACUUGCACUAAAUUUACUGCUUAAAAGUGGAUUUAACGUUUUCAUGGAUCCGCCUGGAUUGUGAAGACAAAGAAGUGCGCUGUUAAAUUGUUUUCCAGCAAGUGAAUUAUAACGUCUUAUUUCCGACUUUCUUGCUCAGCUGCGGGUUCGUGGCUGAUUGAGCUGUCGAGUGAAACCAGCUAGCUGGCCAAGUUGUGGUUCGUCAGAUAGCUAAGCUAAGCUAACUCUCCAGUGCUGCCUGUGGAUAAUUAGCGUGCUAGGCUGGUUAGCCACCUAGUGGACUGUUUCUAUGAUCUUCUUGGACAGCCGUGUAAUCAGGGGUGGAGGUUCAUAAGUGUGGCUGAGACUGGGAGAAAAACGCCACUCUGCACUGGAGGGAGGAGCCUAAUGCCUCAGAAAUGUGAAACUAUCAGUUACUGUAGUCCCACCCCUUACAGGGAACCAAGGAAACAAACCUCCCAUCCACAGAAAAUCUGGAGGUUUUCAGCCAUGCACCUCAAGCCAUACCCCAAGCCACAGGAUAAAGAACUUCACCAGGAUGGGGGACAGGAUGGCACAGAAAAUCUUGUGGGUCAGCGGGGAGCACUCAGAACUGAGUGGGGUGUUCGCCAAGCAUGCAGUCUUAUGGGCUCGCCUGGCAACGGCACAGUCAACCGGUGCCCCCUCAGUGUCAUUUCCACCAAUACACUCUGUUGUACCACCAACAAUGGCAGUACCUCACCCACAAGAGCAAGUGGGGGUUUCUCCCACUCAUGGGGCCACAAGAGCAAGACAUCCUCUUCGGUCACUACAGUCACUAGUUCAUUAGUGCUAUUCUCCUCUUCAACUGGCAUGGAGAAUGACUACUCACUUGGAAUAUACCAAGGAGAGGAUGGAGAUGGAUUGUUAGACAUAUGGGCAGUCAUUAAGCCUGGGAACACCAAAGAAAAGAUUGCAAUAUUUACUGGUCAGAAAUGUAGUCACGUUGCAGUAGGUAGUAAUGACAAGGCUUCGGAGAGAGAGGGGAUUACAACAGAUUUGCGGACCGGAUCAAUGAAAAGCAAAGGUUGCUGGGAUGGUGACUGGUCUAUGGCAAAACGAAGAAGGCGGUCUGGGAAUCUGGACAACUCAAGAUGCAUUACUACUCCUGUGCAAAAAUCUGAAUUCUGUGCAGCACUCUUGAACUCCAACAAAAGCUCAAAUGUUUCCUCUGGUAUAUCUGGGGAGAAUGCGAGGACAGACGGAGAAGAGGGUGGAAAAACUAUCUCUGUGGUUGAAAUGGUGGCAUACUUGGAACAGAGGGCUAGCGAUCAACAUGUAGAUCUGAAACGUCCAUUGCGAAGCUUCAGCACAAUUACUUUGUCCAAAGGUCUGUCCCUGCUUCCUCCAGCUGAACAGAUAUCUAAAGGUCCACAUCUGCCAGAGGUCCAUGAGGAAGAAGAAUCUGUGCGAGUGCUGGACAUGGUUGCCAAGUUGGAAUCUCAGUGUCUCAGCAGACAAGGUGUGAGGGAGGGGGGAGACCUCUCUCGUAACAACAGUCUGCGGAGGAGGGUGGGACGUGUCUUGCUGGCAGGAUCUGAAUCAUACUCUGCAGUCUUGCCUAGCCAGGUGGCAUUGCCGAACCUUCCUCAGGACAAGAGGGCGGACAGUCACUUGGAGCAAGUUGCUAGUGAUUCGGAUAAAUCCGAAGCCUGUGUGCAUGUGCACUCGGAACAUUUUGCACUCAGAAGUAGGGAUGUGGCUGAACAGGAGAUGUGUGUUAAAGUAGAUCCAGUAAACAGGCUGUGCACACUCAGUCAGGUCAGCUCAGAGACCCAUGAGUGCAGUGAGGAACCUCUUCCAGGCAUGCUGUUCUUUGCUCAGGCUCCUCAGGAGCAGAGAUGUUCUAUUUCUAUCUCCAUAUCACAGAAUACAGAGGACUCUUAUGACCAAAAGAACGAACAGGGAGAGUCGCUGCCGCUGCCACCACAGACACAGGCACUAGAACCCCCUUCUGCCAAUGUGUCUUUCAGAGAAGAGAACAUGGAUAAAUUGGAAGAUCAUGAUUUGGAGGACAUAGAAGAAGAGUUUGGUGUAAAUAAUCGAGGUCCUGUGCCUUUGCGUCGCAUGGUAUCUCAUGAAUUCUUGGAGACCCGCUUUAAGAUUCAGCUCCUCCUGGAGCCCCAACAGUAUAUGGCAUUUCUUCCCCACCACAUCAUUGUCAAGGUCUUUAGUUUGCUGCCUACUGAAAGCCUGGCUGCCCUGAAGUGCACCUGUCAUUACUUCAAGUUUAUCAUUGAGAGUUAUGGUGUGCGCCCAGCUGACUCCCGUUGGAUCAGUGAUCCACGCUACAAAGAUGAUCCCUGCAAGCAGUGCAAGAAGCGCUAUGGCCGUGGUGAUGUGUCACUGUGUCGCUGGCACCAUAAGCCCUACUGCCAGGCAUUGCCUUAUGGCCCUGGCUACUGGAUGUGCUGCAGGGGGGCCCAUAAAGACACACCUGGUUGCAAUGUGGGACUGCAUGACAACCGGUGGGUUCCUGCCUUCCAUAGUAUCAAUAUGCCAAUUUAUAAAAAAAGCAGGGACAGUGAAGAUGUGUAGUGUACUGGAGUGGGGGGGAUGUACACGCAUGCAAGACAUGUGGCUGUAAUAGGUGUGGGUUAAUACUGGUUCUUGUGCUUCAGCCAUCAUAGGAGCAUGUCGUGUGUGUGUGUGUGUGGGGUUGUUUUGGGUGUCUGUCGUUUUUGUGUGUGGGGUUUUUCUUUUUUUUGUUAAUGAUUUAAAUGUUGAAUCAGCUUGCGUCCACACUGCUGAAACUAACCAGAUGGAUGGCUGUAUUUUUGCUUGUGAUUCUACCCCUGCCAACCAACAAGCAUGUCUUUUGUGCCUACUCAGGUCCUUUAAAGUUGAUCUGCACUUUAACCUUUAAUUGCUGAGUUCUUGUAAAUUUGUCCAGGGUACUUUUCAGUUGUUUUUACUCUCAAGCAUUCAUUUGUCACACUAACUUAUUUCCCAGAGAACACCAUUUAAAAAUGUUUCCCUUUUGUUGUGGUUAAUAUAUUCGACACCAAAAGCUUAACUUUUAGCUUACAAUUAAUACAGUUUUCUUUUUAUUAAUAAUGGACAAGUUUGUUUAAAGAGCUUAGAUUAUCUUCCCCUUUGUCCAUCUUAUUGUAAUAGCUAUAAAUGUUCUGGGAUCAUGUACUAGGUAGCAUUUUGUUUCUGGCUGGUCUGAAAUGGGAUCCCAGUUGUUUACAUUGUACAUAGCAGAGACUUGUAUAAUAAUAGGGUCAAGAGUUUCUAUAACUUGGAAAUUUGGUCUUUGGGUGGAACAUGCUUGUCUGUAUUCCACACUGCUUUUAGAUUUACAGUGUUCUGUCAAACUGUAAAGUAGCAGUGUGUAUGCAUUCAAGUUAAGUAUUUGGCAUCGCCAUGGUAUGAUGCAGUAUUUCUCCCAGGGGAAUUUUUUUUUUUUGGUGAAUGUAGGGAGGCUGGUCAACUGCAUCAUCCUUUCCCAUAACCAUCUGGAUGGCAUCAGAUUUAAAGGGGGGGGGGGGGAACAUAUCCCUUACAAUGUAAAGAGAAUGGUCUCCAAAGUGCAUUUCAGAGUUUUAAAGAGCAUUAUUAUAAUACCUGUGCUGUUUCUGCCUUAUAAGGCAUUUUACUUCAAUAAAGUGUAUUCCUGGAAGAUUUUGUAAGCUGCAUUUGUUUUGCUAUCAUACCCUUAAGACACGUGUAUAUGAUUUGUAAACAUGUAAUGUGAAUAUUAUGUAAGCUUAGAAUAAAAGUGGGAGAAUGUUUUUCACUAUUUUCAGUUAUGAAGGAAAAAGUGGUGAGAUUGUGUUGAAGAUUGGGUGAUCAUGGCUGUGAGUGCUUUUAUUUUCUAUACUUAAGGACUGAUCCAGUGUUUUGGUGAUGUCACAGUUAAGCAAUGUGAAUGUUUUACACUUCUCCCUGAUCUAUCCUCUCAAGUUAGGAUUUGACCUAUACCUGCUUUGAUCUAUAUGGAAGUAAUAUGUAUAAUGUUUCAGCACAACUAUUUGCCAGUAACCAAAUGUAUUGUUGACCUUUCACUCUCCAUCCCUCCCUCCAAUGUACAUACUUGGUAUUGCUUCUUCCACCCCAAUCAUGGCCUUGAAGUGCACAGUAAAAUGAAUGGAUGAAUAAGUUAACUCACUGGGCAAUAAAAUGCAUGAAAAUA